GUUGCCAGAUACUGGCUGUAGUGUUACUAUUUAAUCAGAGGGGAGGAAGAUAAGAGAGGGAACGGAUUUAUCUUACAGCGUGUGCUCGGAACUGGUACGAACACACAAAAGAAGGGAAGUUUGCCACGCAAAGCAUUUAUUAAUUUUAUUUUUUCCAGCUUUGUUGUUGGGAAGGGUCGAUAGCCGGAUGGUCUUUGAUCUGCAGACGGGACGGUAGUGAGAGAUGACAGGAAGGGACCCGAACGCCGACCCUGUGGAGUCAGGGCAGCAGGAGUCGUUGGAGGGGGAGGGGGAGCUGCGGGAUAGCAGCAGCAAUGUGAGCCCACUCAGCCGCCAGAAGGAGCCUCUCAACGGGGAGGCGAGUGUGGCUGACGAGGAGUGCAAGCUGCAGGCGGGCUCAGGGGAUGGCGACCAUUGCCCUGAGCAAGCCUCUGAGCACCCAGGCAGUGCUCUCCCCCCACCCCCUGGACCCUUCGUGCCCCCUGAGGGGGGCUGGGGCUGGGUGGUGAUGUUCGCCUCCAUGUGGUGUAACGGCUCGGUGUUUGGCAUCCAGAACGCUUUCGGGCUCCUCUUCCUGUCCCUGCUGGAAAACUUCGGCGACCCGAACGACAAGCAUCUGCGCUUUAAGACAGCAUGGGUAGGUUCAUUGUCCAUGGGAAUGAUCUUCUUCUGCUCUCCUAUCGUGAGCGUUUUUACAGACUUGUACGGAUGCAGGAAAACUGCAACGGUUGGUGCUGCUGUGGCUUUUGUUGGUCUUGUUGCAAGUUCAUUUGUCAAAUCUCUAGAGCCCAUGUAUUUUACCUAUGGAAUCGUAUUUGGCUGUGGUUCUUCGUUUGCCUACCAACCGUCUCUGGUGAUUCUGGGACACUAUUUCAAGCAGCGCUUGGGACUGGUGAAUGGGAUUGUCACUGCUGGCAGCAGUGUUUUCACAAUCGUUUUGCCCUUGCUCUUGAAACAGUUGCUGCCAAAGAUUGGGCUCAGCCAUACAUUACGUGUCCUCAGUGCCUUCAUGUUUGUGCUCUUUCUGGUUGGAUUUACUUAUAAACCCCUCGUGCCAGGGAACCAACGUAGUAACUCGUCAAAGAAAAAAGUGAACAUAAAAAAAAUUUUCAAUGUGAAGAUUUGGAAAUUCCUUGGAUAUCGCAUCUGGGCUUUUGGAAUCCCAACUGCACUCUUUGGAUACUUUGUGCCUUAUGUUCAUCUUAUGAAGUAUGUGGAAGAAACUUUUCAAUUGCAAAAUGAAGAAGUUCUGUUGAUGUGUAUUGGAAUCUCAUCAGGGAUUGGGCGAUUAGUUUUUGGCAGGGUUGCAGACUAUUUACCUGGCUCAAAUAAAGUUUUCCUUCAGGUGGUAUCGUUCUUUGUUAUUGGGCUGAUGUCCAUGAUGAUUCCACUGUGUCAAGGCUUUGGUGGUCUCAUUGCAGUCUGCCUUUUCAUGGGUUUAUUUGAUGGAUGCUUCAUCUCAAUCAUGGCCCCAGUUGCCUUUGAACUUGUGGGCUCAGAGAAUGUAUCGCAGGCGAUUGGAUUCCUUCUUGGGUUGAUGUCCAUUCCAAUGACAGCCGGCCCACCAAUUGCAGGUUAUCUGCGGGACUUGCUGGGAACGUACAACCUUGCCUUUUACCUUGCUGGUGUGCCACCAAUGGUUGGAGGAGCAGUCUUGUGCACCAUCCCAUGGAUCCAGUACAGGAAAUGCAUGAGACAAAAAAGGUUGAUAACAUUGGAGGGAGAAACAGCGACAGCCAAGAUACUGGAUCGGGAUUCCAAGAACAUUAUGGUGGCUGGCAGUGGUGAGCCACAGAAAGAAUAUGUAUCCAGUAUUUAAUAUCACGUUCCACUGGACAGACUGAUUGCAAUUUAGGUCUUACAAAUGAAUCUAUUUUAUCAAUGAAUGUUUUUGUUUUGUUGCAAUGAUCUACAGUAGUUAAGAAGAAUUCGCAAGGGGAAGAAACAGAAAAAUUAAACAAUAGCAGUGAAUUC